GCCCACAAAAAGAUACUUUAUCGUAGCAAUGAUUACUGGCCACUUUCAAUACAGCUCUACAGCAACGCCCAUAUAAAAGACCCAACGCACCGCUGGACAGCAUUCAGUAGCUAUCUAGCAGUCUGACAAGAAGUGCAAGAUGAGAUUUCUGAUCGCUUUCGCCGCCGUCCUCGGCUACGCCUCGGCCUCCGCCAUCCUGCCUCUUGGCCUCGGCAUCAACGCCGGUGACGCGCAAGCGGCCGCCAUCGACGCCACCGUGGCCGCGCAGGACCACGCGCGCGCCGCGCUUGAGGGGAAUCUCAGGGCGAACGAGGCCGCCGUACAGUGGAACACUGAGGCCGUCCGCCAGGCCGCGGAGACCACUAGGGAUAUCAAUGAGAACGCUUACUGGAAUGGCGUCGCCGCUUCCCAGAACGUCGUAGCCGCCGCCCAAUCGCAAGCGGCCGCCCUGAACGGCAUCGCCGCCGCCCGCGCCGGCCUCUGGGGCGCCCCCAUCGCGCCCCUCGCCCCCGUCGCCGCCUGGGGCGCCCCCCUCCUCCACGGCGGUCUCGGCAUCCACGGCGCCGCUCUGCGCGCGUGGUAAAACCGAACUGACGGCGCUAACCAGAGAAGGCUUGGGAUGUUUUGUUAAAACAUUCUAAAGGAUUUAUCAACUCGUUUCACAUUGCUGUAGGCACCGUGUAGUUUAUGUGACUGCUACAUAAUGAAAGGCAUUAAAAUACGAGUGUGGAUUUAUGAAACGACCGAGGUGAGUUUCAUAAAAGGAACACAAGUGUUUUAAUGCCUAAUUAUGUUUAGGCCUUUGACACGCUCGAGAAAUCUCAAUGCGAUACAGUCAUUUUAAAAAAGGCGGCUGUCAAACGCGCUUUAAUAUCGCAAAAAAGUCACGUGUAAAGGAUUUUAUAGCUAAUCCUGAUCAAAUUAUGGUGUGUUUAUAGCAGAGCUCAAAACUGAACUCUAAUAACAAUUAUAUAAAGUUCAAAUCACUGUAAACUACACCAUAUUCGCAAUCUAAGCUAGUCGCAUCUUUACUUAAAUUCGACUAUGGUCAGUCUAUAGUGGGCUUUAUAUCAAUGUAUAUAAGGUUCAUGUUUCUCUGGUUAGUUAUACGUACGACUGGAUCUGAUAGGAAACAUGAUUGCUCGACGGAAAAAUAAACGGUCUCAUUUAGUAACUCUCUUUGUAGAUACCAUAAUGCCAUCACUGCCAAAGUGUAAAUAAAUACACAUUUUUAAGACGA